GCCCCCGAAGGAUCCCUUCUUCGCUAUCUCUACAUCCUGGCUGCAACCGCAAGUGCCUCGGGCGUGCCCUACGCACUCACCUUUCUGCGUCGGACCAAUGGUGCUCUGUCCCGAAAGGCGGACCGUCUCGCAGGUCCAGGCGGCGGAGAGAUGGCGCUGACUUACGCCUUCAACGAGAAACGGAGCAUCGACAGAGAUAGGAAGAUGAGCACCGAGGAGGCGAUCAAGCGGUGGCAAUGGCACAACUAUGUGAGGACUUGGGUUUUGGUCUUGGGUACGGUCGCUGGGGCACUGGCCGUGGCGAUGGACUGA